AUGGCAGACGAGACUCGUAAUGACAUCUCGGUGUCCAUCGCAACCAGGCAGCAAUCAACGACUGUACAGGACCUUCGAGACAACCGACUCGCCGAGAGCUCCCAGAAAGGCUAUCGCAGCUGUGUAAAGCAAAUCACCAUUUGGAUGCAAGCGUCUGGCCGCGCACACAUGCUCAACGCAGAUGGCUCCAUCAAUCUCGAACUCUGA